UGUCAAUGCGACACUUUGUUCGGUCAGUCGAAACGGUAACAUCUCGGCGUUCGCAACGCUGAACAUUCAAUUAAAAUUACAUCAGUCGCACGUUAAUUGAGAAAUUUAUUCAACAAAAAUUGUACUGUGUAGUUUGCGCUUUGAGUCGCCGACCAACGAAACAAUUUAGUUAAUUGUUUAUUUGUGAAUUCCAGUGUAAACUUCGUUUGGUGUUCUAAAUUUGAAAAGCGGUUUCAAUAUGUCUUCACUUCUGAAAGCAAUCCGUAACACAAGCAAAAGUUCCAGCUGCAUCCGCCACCAGAGCAUCGUCAGCAGCCCACUGCCAAAGAGUUUGCCGCAGGAUGUGAUACCGGUGUUUAGAAAAGCGGCCAAUUACACGGAUAGGAUUGCGCUGCGCGACUCGUUGGGCUCCUACACUUAUGGCAAUUUGUUUCUGGGUGCGAAGGACCUCUGCAAUGAUAUUACUGUUCAAGUUGGGAGGAAGAACAGUGAGCGGAUUUUGUUUUUAUGUCCGAAUGAUGCGACUUAUGUGCUGACGCAAUGGGCUAUAUGGAUGUCUGGACAAAUUGCUGUACCAUUAAGUGUCCUCCAUCCACAGAACCUCCUAGAAUACUACUGCAAUGACAGCAAUGCAAAACUUUUGGUCUGCACGCCCGAAUACAAGGAAGUCAUGUAUCGCGUGGCGCGCAAUUGCAAUAAAGAGUUAUUGGUGUUAGAUGACAAGAUGCGUCACAAUGCGACCACAAUGAAUCCGACCAAGAAGGUCGACACAGAGGCUGGGCUAUCGAAAGAUUUCUAUAAUCGAUCGAAUGCUAUGAUUUUAUAUACAAGUGGCACAACUGGAAAUCCAAAAGGUGUAGUCCUAUCACAUAAAAACCUAGUCUCCCAAGUAACAACCCUAAUUGACGCGUGGAAAUGGACGGAAGCCGAUACCCUCCUCCAUUGCCUGCCUCUACACCACGUUCACGGCAUCGUCAACGCACUUCUCUGUCCCCUGUAUUGCGGCGCACGUAUUAACAUGCUUCCCAAAUUCGACAAGAACAACGUCUGGUCGCAUCUACUCGGCGUCAACGAAAAAGCUGCCAAUCGCUGUUCUAUCUUCAUGGCCGUACCGACCAUCUACGCGAAACUUAUCGACGAGCACAAAAAACUCUUCGCUCAGGACCCGAAAAUGUGCGAGUACAUUAAACAAACGCUUCAAACUAAAAUACGUCUUAUGGUAUGUGGUAGCGCGCCACUACCAACACCCAUCUAUCAAAAAUCAGAAAUCAGCGGGCAUAAACUGCUGGAGCGUUUUGGCAUGACUGAAAUCGGCAUGUGCCUAUCUAAUUCAUACGAAGGUGACCGCGAACCCGGUUAUGUAGGUCUACCUCCUGGCGUCACUGUUAGAUUAACCAAAUCACUAGGUGAUGAUAAAUACGAGACUUUGAUUGAGGUCACCAAUAAGGAUGGCAAUGUUGUCAUUGACAAUCAGUGCCUUUACACGGAUCCAAUUGGAGAAUUGCAUGUUAAGGGCGAUAAUGUUUUCAAGGAGUAUUUUAAUCGUCCGCAUGCGACGCAGAAAGAAUUCACCGCUGAUGGAUGGUUCAAAACCGGUGAUCUUGCACGGUUCAAUGCAAAUAAACAAUUGUUCAAGAUGUUGGGCAGGACGAGUGUGGACAUUUUGAAAACAGGCGGUUAUAAAGUAUCUGCACUGGAAAUUGAGACCAAUUUAUUAGGCCAUCCGAAGAUUGCGGAAGCUUCGGUUGUGGGCGUGAAGGAUGAUACGUUGGGUGAGCGGGUGGUUGCGGUGAUUGUACUGAAGAAAAAGGAAGAGAUGAAUUUUGAAGAGUUUAAAGAAUGGGCCAUCACGAAAAUGCCCCAAUACGCUGUGCCGAGAGAGCUGAAAAUUCUGCCGCUGCUUGAUAAGAACGCAAUGGGCAAAGUGAACAAGAAGGAACUCGUCAAGAGUUUAUUCCCGCCUACGAUGUGAUUUAUUGUUUCACGCUUGUUUCGGACUUUUUGGGUGGGUGUUCUGCGGCAAUUGUUUGGUUACUCGCGAGAAAUAUUCGAGGAAAUUGUGUUUUUUACUUAUAUGCCUAUUUAAUCAUACAAUGAGUAGAUAUUGACUUUGUGGUAAUAUCGAUGAAAGACUGAUGUAUUUGAAUUAUUGAUGACAUUCAAAUUUAUUUAUUUA